CGUCAUUUGAAGUAGAAGAUUCGUUGAGAGCAGUUCAGUGUGCGUGGCACAAAGUUCCCAAUUUAAUUCACAAAUUACCGUGAGAUCAUCUUUCUUUGGGAUUUCCUGUGUAAAGUCUCAUAAGGAUAUUACCAUUGAGAGCGUGAUUUGUGAAAAUUCUUUAGUAAAAGAAAGUGCAAAGUGUGAGAAAAUUUCUCUGGAAGAUUUUAAAUUUUUCUCUUUGAAUUUUUGUGUGUGGAAUUGGAGAAAUCGUGACGAAUUGCAAACUAUAUCAAUCAACAUAAAUUGUUGUUGGAAGCCCCUUUAUUAAAUUAUUAUUGUGUCAGUGAGGUUUCCUUUGUAAAGAAGCCAAGAAAAAAAAAGUUCUCAAGGAGUUUUAAUAAAUGAAAAUGAAGGCGAUCACAGCUGUUUGUUCAACGGGAGCUUCCGUGCCAGGGAUAGCGAGUGGCAGGGUAUCGAGGCAUCGAGAUGGGGAAAAUGCAGAAAUUCAAAUGUAUUUGUCAAAGCUGAAGGAUCUGGUGCCGUUUAUGCCGAAAAAUAGAAAAUUAUCCAAACUUGAGGUGAUCCAGCACGUCAUUGACUACAUCUGUGAUCUCCAGAGUGCACUUGAAACACAUCCGGCUGUGAAUACAUUCGAUGCAGCAGCCGCCCUCAAUCAACCCACCACAAAACACUCAACACCAGUCAGCCCAAGACAGCCACUCGGUGUCCGGCCAAGUCCAAAUACAAUCCUCACAACCACCGGAACUAAUUCAUCCACCAGUGAGACAGUUCACCAAGUCAAUUCAUCAGCUGCAAUCACGACGACAACAGAAACAACAAAACCCGUGAGCAGCGAUCGAAUGGAUCUAUGUUAGGACUUAAGAUUUUACCUUAUGUAAUAUUGUUGUGUGUAAAUAAUAAUAAUAAUGUAUAACCUCUAGAGACUGGAGACGAUCACACAACAUUCAGCCAGGAGAUAAAAAAAAAAGAAAAAUUUAAAUAGAAAUCAACAAACUUAAAAAUCGAAUACAAAGUGAAGGGCCGUGGGAUUUUGAUGGUUUUCUUUCAUGUAAAAACGUUUGAGAAUGUUGAAAAUUUUGUCAUCGUCUCCUGCACAAAAAAAAGAUGAAGAACAAUGCAAUUGUAGGAAUGCUAGAUACAAGCAGAGGGCUACACAAAGAUUUCUUUAUUCAUCUUUUUUUAAAUAAAAAAAAACAAUUUCUUAAUAAUGGACUUGAAUAGAUUUUAGCGAUUUUUAUGUUUAGUUUCUUUUUUGAAUUGUAUAGAGGAUGGAGAAUUAAUUAAAUAAAAAAAAUUGUUCUGUGAUCGUAGAUUAUUUUGUACAAAAUGUAGAUUACAAGAGAAAAAGAAAAAAAUCUUUAUUAACAAGAAAUAUUUUUUUUCCUUUUUAAUGAAUGAGAACAUAUUUAACGCAAUAGGUGGACUGUAGAACACAUUAGCAGAAAAACGAAGCAUUAAUUUAACAAACAAGAAAAAUCAAUUUCUUUUGCAUCUUUCUCAAAACCAAUUCUCACAAAAAAAAUUCAAAUGACACAAGCAAUAGUCCAGGCAUUAAAUUAUUUUCUUCCGUGACUUUUUCUUUAAUAUUUCUUGACGCAAAUAGCAAUUUAUAUUCCUAUUUUUUUUGUAAGUAAGAAAAGAUGAGUAAUUACACAGAUGAGACGAAAACACAAUGUAAAAAAAACAAACCAAUUAAACUUUUGCUAGUGGGAUGAGUUGAAAGAAAACAGGAGAAAGAAAAAUCAUGGAUAAAAAGUGAAGAAAGCAAAUAAAAAUCUUGAUGAAAAAAAAAA